GCCGUUCAGGGAGCGAUGGCAGCCGGUGGCGGUCUGAGCCGCUCGGAGCGCAAGGCUGCGGAGCGGGUCCGGAGACUGCGGGAGGAGCAGCAGCGGGAGCGCCUCCGCCAGGUGUCGCGCAUCCUGAGGAAGGCGGCGACGGAGCGCAGCGCCGAGGAGGGCCGGCUGCUGGCCGAGAGCGAGGACCUGGUGACCGAGCUGCAGGGCCGGAGCCGGCGGCGGGAGGGCCUCAAGCGGCGACAGGAGGAGGUGUGCGAUGAUCCGGAGGAGCUGCGGAGGAAAGUCCAGGAACUGGCCGGAGCCGUCCGCAACGCCAAGUACUUGGUUGUCUACACGGGCGCAGGGAUCAGCACGGCAGCCUCUAUCCCAGAUUACCGGGGCCCUAAUGGAAUAUGGACGCUGCUUCGGAAAGGGAGAAGUGUGAGUGCUGCUGACUUGAGUGAGGCGGAGCCUACCCUCACCCACAUGAGCAUCACCCGUUUGCAUGAACAAAAGCUGGUGCGGCAUGUGGUGUCUCAGAACUGUGAUGGACUACACCUGCGAAGUGGGCUGCCACGCACUGCUAUCUCGGAGCUCCACGGGAACAUGUAUAUUGAAGUUUGCACCUCCUGUAUCCCAAACAGGGAGUAUGUGCGAGUAUUUGAUGUGACAGAGCGUACCGCCCUUCACCGACACCAGACAGGCCGGACCUGCCAUAAGUGUGGGACUCAGCUCCGGGACACCAUUGUGCACUUUGGGGAGAGGGGGACAUUGGGGCAGCCUCUGAACUGGGAAGCAGCCACUGAGGCUGCCAGCAAAGCAGACACGAUUCUGUGUUUAGGGUCCAGCUUGAAGGUACUAAAGAAAUAUCCCCGCCUCUGGUGCAUGACCAGGCCCCCAAGCCGGCGGCCCAAGCUCUACAUCGUGAACUUGCAGUGGACUCCAAAGGAUGAUUGGGCUGCCUUGAAGCUUCAUGGGAAAUGUGAUGAAGUAAUGCGACUCCUUAUGGAUGAGCUGGGCCUGGAGAUCCCCCUCUACAACCGGUGGCAGGAUCCCAUCUUCUCCCUGGCCACUCCUCUGCGUGCUGGUGAAGAAGGCAGCCACACCCGCAAGUUGCUGAGCAGAAGCAGAGAGGAGGCCCCACUUGGGGACCGGGGGGCUCCGAUUAGCUCAGCCCCAAUCCUAGGGGGUUGGUUUGGCAGAGGCUGUGCCAAGCGUGCAAAAAGGAAGAAAACAUAGCCUGCUAUUGAAGAAGAACAAUUGGCACUUUGCAGAUGGCUGUGACUUGUUUGGGGGGCUAUUGUCACCCUGAAGGCCAGGGUAUCCCCCACCUACUGAUGGGAUAGGGUGAACUCUUGGGGGUGACAUUUCACGGUGAUGUUUUUAGCCAUUUGUCCUUGUGGGAAGCCUCCUUGCACUGCUGUGGUACCCCAAUAUGGGCUUGACCAUCGAGGACACCUCCCUCCCAUCAACCCCUCUAGAAAGAUGUGGCAGCAUGGCCUUUCAGUGAGAACAGAGCUCAGGGCUUUCCUGGGCUGGCCCGCAGAGGAGCCUUCGCUGCCUUACCUCACUCAGGCUAGUCUCAGGACCUCCGCUAUUUCUACUACUUCUUAUUAAAAGUGUUAACUUUAUAGAAACAUUUUUUCUGUGUUGCACAGGCAAUACGAAGCUCUGAGCAGAUCUUAUUAAACUCUACUCUGUCUUCGCGUC